AUGCAGAUUCCAAAAAGUGUGAGUCCGGGAUAUUUUCGCCUGGAGGUCAAAGGAACGGGAGGUUUGACUUUCAACGAAAUCAAGGACGUAAAGCUAGAGCCUAAAGUGACAUCUGUCUACAUACAGACAGACAAGGCUGUAUACAAACCUGGACAAACCGUUCACUUCAGAGUGUUCGGAGUCACGGCAGAUCUUCGUGUUGUCUUUGAUAAACUCCACGUGGAAUUAUAUGAUCCAAAGGAUAACAAGAUCAACCAAUGGCACGUGGCUGCCGCGGAAGUGACGUCACUAGGGGGAGUUUACAUCCAACAUCAGGUGAUGUCGGAGGCACCCGUGCUCGGCACGUGGAAACUGAAGGCGAAACUGCUCUCAUAUGAGGGACUCUACGAAGAAAAAACAUUCAAAGUGGACGAGUAUGUUCUACCAAAAUUUGAAGUUGAGAUUGAUUUGCCAAGCUUUGGACGAACGGAAGAAAAGGAAUUUAGUGGACACAUAAAAGCAAAGUACACAUUUGGCAAGCCCGUCAAAGGGGAUGUGGAGCUACGAGUGAGCCCCAAACCUGAACAGUUCGAGUGGAAAAACGGGCAGCGUGUUAAAACCAGCACAACUUUGGAAAUGAAACUGCCCAUUGAUGGCAAAGCGAGUUUUACAAUCGCUACAUCUCGAUUGGAGCAGCUGAGAGUGCGUCUAGAUGGUGCCAUACUUGUGUUCGAGGCAAAUGUCACCGAAAGUUUGACGCGUAUGAAGCAAGGCGAUACACAGGAAGUGAGAUUCUACAAGGAGCCUCUAAAGCUGGAGUUUCCUGCGUCACUUCCGGAUACAUUUAAACCUGGGAUGACGUAUGAAGCUGUGGUUAAAGUAUCACAACAAGACGACACGGCUCCGAGCAGUGUUCAAGGUCAACUCGAGGUCACGGUGACAGAGUUCCGGAAACAGACACAUACUGCACCGGAACCCUUUCCCUCUUUCCCUCCGAAGCCCUUUCCCCGUUUCCCUGGGCCUGGGGAUCCCUGGUUCUCUCCUUUCUCCGGGAUGUCACGCCGGCGGCGGCAAGCCGUUCAGCGGAGUAUCUCGCGUCCAAAGCGGCAACCCGUCGGGCAGCUGGUGCCAACAGAGCGCUCCCCGGUGUUGUACAGCGUUCUAGCGGACGGCAUGGUAGAGUUUCCGGUAUUCGUCGAUAAACGGAUAGAAAAGAUCACAAUCCAAGCAAAGUUGCAAACAGUAACAGCCUCAAAAACUUUAAAAAAGAGACACUCUCCCAGCGACAACUUUCUACAGUUGCGAUCAGUGAAGAAUAAAGCCAAGGCUGGCGAACCUAUUGAGAUAGCAAUUAAAGCGACCGAAUCAGUCAAGGAUGUUAUGUAUCAGAUAUACGCACGUGGACAACUCAUUACUAGUGGCGCCAUCCCUGUAAAUGGAGACGUUAAAACGUUGAUGUUACAAGCAACACAUGACAUGGCGCCAAAAUCUCAAGUCUUGGUGAUGUACGUCAGAGCGGACGGGGAGUUGGUGGCAGACGCUCUAUCCAUCAAUGUGGAUGGAGCGUUCAUGAAUAAGGUUGUUGUAAAUUUCAACAAAACCGAUGCAUCACCGUCGGACAAGAUACGUUUCGGUGUCUCCGCUGACGUCGGUUCUAACGUCAACGUGCUAGCCGUCGACAAGAGCGUUCUGUUACUGGGAACGGGGAACGAUAUAACCCAGUCACAGGUUGUGCAAGAUUUACACGGCUACUCACUGAAGCCUCUGAAGUCCUCGUCAGGUGAUCAUUUCCCGAUGUGUGACUGGUUCUGCUGGCGGUGGCCACUUCCGGUCGGCGGUGAAGAUGUCAAAGACGUUAUUGACGAAUCCGGGGUUGUCGUUCUUACAGACGCUACAGUGUACGAAUAUAUUCCUGAACCAGUACCAAUGCCAGAGAAUUGGGUAGGAGGCAGAGGCUUAAUUGGAGGCGGAGGCUGGGGCGGGCGCUGGCUAGGAGGCGAAGGCGCAAUUUUAGGCGGAGGCGCAAUCGGAGGCGGAGGGAUGUUUUCAAGUUUUGGAGGCUUCGGUGGUCCAAUGAUCGAACAAAUGAGACCCAUGCCGCCAUUGCCGAAAGCGGAUAUUGUUGUCGCACCAAAGGAUUUGGCGCCUGUGCAACAGACGAGAAAGCUAUUUCCAGAGACGUGGCUGUGGAAAAGCCAAAUUGUGCCAUCCGGGGGCGUGGUGAACUUUGACGAGACCGUUCCCGAUACCAUCACUUCAUGGGUAGCGACAGCGUUUGCCGUGCACCCACAGACCGGGCUGGGUAUCUCGGAGCAGUCUGCACAGCUUCAAGUUUCUCUGCCGUUUUUCGUGUCCGUCAAUCUGCCGUACUCCGUGAUCCGAGGAGAGAAAAUCAUCCUACAGGUCAACAUUCAUAACUACAGUCCACUACAGCAGGCCAGUUACGUCACCCUAGAGAGGAGUAAAGAGUUCGACAACCUCGUGGUUUCCGGUACAAGCCAGACUACAGUCUCUCAGGAUCAAACCCGGGUCAUCACGGCAAAACCAGACGAGGUGGCUGCCUUGUAUUUCCCCAUAAUUCCAACGAAACUCGGUCUCAUCGACAUCUCUGUGCGAGCCCAGACCACCAUGAUGGCCGAUCACGUGGUCAAGAAACUUCUUGUGGAGGCCGAAGGUUCACCGCGAGAAUACAAUGUCCCGUUCGUGAUAGACCUGAAAACUGAAGGGACCCAGACCAAGAAAACCAACGUGGAGUAUCCACUCCGAACUGUGCCCGGCUCUGGAAGGGUUAAGGUCACGGCGGUUGGUGACCUUAUGGGCCCCAGCAUCAACGGACUGGACAAACUCAUCAGACUACCCACUGGAUGUGGGGAACAAAACAUGCUGAAUUUCGCGCCCAACAUUUUUAUUGUCAAGUAUCUCCAAGCAACGAAUAAUCUUGACACAGCUGUUAUGAACAAGGCUAAGGAAUUUAUGGAGCAGGGCUAUCAACGUGAGCUCACCUACCGCCAUUCUGACGGCUCCUUCAGCGCGUUCGGGGAGAGUGACAAAUCCGGAAGCACUUGGCUCACGGCGUUUGUCGUCAAGUCGUUCGUCCAAGCGAAACCCUACAUUUUUAUUGACGACGCCGUCAUCUCCAAGUCCGUAACGUGGUUGGUAGCCCAACAGCGCCCGGAUGGAUCCUUCGCUGAGCCCGGUCUCGUAAUCCAUAAGGACAUGCAGGGCGGUUCCGCCGGUGGUGACGUCACGUUGACUGCGUAUGUCGUGACCGCUAUGUUAGAGGCGCGAUCCGCGCAACAGGUGGCUGACGUCAUUUCCGCCUCCAAGGACAAGGCAUUGGCGUAUCUGGAAGGGAAGGCUGACGCACUGACAGACACGUACGAACAGGCUCUGGUGUUGUACGCCUUACAGUUGGCUGCACGUCUGAAGGCGGAUCAGCUUCUGGCCAAACUAGAAUCUAAAGCAAUCGUUGAUGCGGGUACGAAACACUGGGAACGGGUGAUUACCACUACGACCGGAAGUGCGAAGCCCUGGGAGAACCGGAAGGGCGCUGCGGUAGAUGUAGAGCUCACGUCGUACGUCCUGCUGUCGCUGGCCAUCAAGACCGACCGACAGAACGGACUUCCGGUACUCAAGUGGAUCACCGCACAACGGAACGCCGAAGGUGGCUUCUCGUCGACGCAGGACACUGUCGUCGCUCUGCAAGCCUUUGCUGAAAUGGCCGCUCUGGUCUUCUCAGAUUCAUUCAACUUAAAUGUCAACAUUGUGGGUACAGGUGUGAGCGAGACCCUGUCAAUAACCACCUUGAACGCUCGAGUUCUGCAAACGCGUGAGUUACCAAAGGAUGUUGGAGAAGUGACCAUAACUGCAAAUGGACAAGGAAUGGCCCUCGUUCAGGUGGAAGUUUCCUACAAUAUCGACGAUGACGAUCAAAAGCAAAGUUUUGAGCUCAUAGUGUCACUUCCAAGGGAAACGCUUAACGAGUUUGAAAUUCGUGCAUGCUCCAAAUGGCUCGAGAAUGGGAAAAGUUCGAUGGCCGUAAUGGAGGUGGGAACUCCUUCCGGUUUCUACCCGGAUGUGGUCAGUGUGGUGUCUGUACCGGUGCAUAAGCGGCUAGAAUUAGAGUCAAGAAAGGUCGUUUUGUACUUCGAUGAGAUUUCCUCGCAAGACACGUGCUCGACCUUGACCUUCCACAGGUCCGGGAUGGUUGCCGGGGUUCAGCCGGUUCCCGUUAGAAUAUUCGAUUAUUAUAAUCCAGCCAAACAAGUGACGGAGUUCUAUGUGCCUGCAGCCAUACGAGGAUCAGAGAUUUGUGAUAUUUGCGGGGCCGAAUGUGACUUCUGCAAAGCGUGAAGGAAGCGGAGACGGAAUUGAAGUAGACCACACAAUCGUCGUCUUCUAUCGAAAAAUUAUUCUAAAGAAAGGAAACACAACACUACUGUUACAUAUUUUAUGAGUAAAUAAAUUAUAUGAUUUUUUAUUAAGAGAUGUUUAACAAACAUGAAGACAUUGUUUAAAUGAAAUAAAGACUGAACGAG